AUGGGGACCUGGAGGGGACCUUGUAUGUUUGGGAUAGAAGAAUUCGACAAUCACUGCAUGUUUGGCAACGACAUGUACCUUACCGCUGAUAACCGUUCAUUUCUGAAUGAAUUCUGUGAGGAAUCUGGUCGCAACCAUAUGAGAUUUUAUGCGCACAGGAUGACCUAUUCAAACAUCGUCUCAAAGAGGGCCAAAAUGGUUUUUGGAGCUAGGUUCAGUAAGUUGCAUCUGCAAAGAUACUUAGAUGAUGCUAUCCGGGUGGAGGUUCAUUGCACCAGCAGUGAUGAGAUUUUUGAAGUGAGGAUGAAGAAGGGAAUGGGAACAAACCAAGCCAUCAUGACAAGUGGUUGGGAUGAUGUAGUCAAAGAAUACAACUUCGAAGAGGAUGACAUUGUUCUUUUCUGCUUUGAUCCAAAAAGAUCUGGAGGUCUUAAUCUUCUACUUGUGCACAUGCCUCUUGAGGAGGAGGAGGACGACGAAGGCGAGCACAACAUGAGUGAUGACGACACUGAAGAUACUGAAGAUACUGAAGAGGAAGAGGGUCAUGAGAUCAGUGACGAUGUUGCUCAAGAUGAUCAUGACAUACAUGAGAUCAGUGACGAUGUUGCUCAAGAUGAUCAUGACAUACAUGAGAUCAGUGAUGAUGAUUCUGGUGAAGGUGAAGUUGCUGAUGAUGCUAGUCAAGGGGAUCCAUAUUUUCAAGGGACGUGUGUUUUCGGAAGCAAGUUCAGCAUGAACAAUACCCGAAUCAAGCACCUUAAAGUUGUUGUUGAUUACUACCCCAAUGCGCCAAUCCCACAAUAUGUCUACUGCUUGACACAGUCCUCUCUGAACAAGAUGGAAUUUUCUGAGGAUUUCACAGAGACAUACCUGCUACAGUUCUUGCACAAGUCAGUCCUAGUAGUAGUUAACUGCACAACAAGUCUGCAAACUAUGUAUGCAGAGAUGAAACUUGAAGAGAAGAAAGCAGUGAUGAAGGCAAACUGGAGCGACACUGUCGAAGCCCACGAACUGCAAGUGAACGAUGUCUGCGCCUUCAGUUUCAGGGAUGAGAGAAAAUCACGUCAUAGGGACCCCAGUGCGUUUCUUAGGCUGGUGAUAACCAAGCUUAAGAACUGAUCCUUAGCAAGCUGAAGCACCUUAGGAACUGAUCCUUAG